UGUGUGUGUGUGUGUGUGUGUGUGUGUGUGUGAACCAUAGUUAGUUACAUUAGCAGUAACAGGAUUUUGUCAUUGUAGAAGUUCAUCUCAUUGUGGCGAAGGAGCAAUAACCAGUAAAGGUGACUAAGGAAUGCUGACAACGCCACCUGGGGAGGGAGUUACCCCGGGAAAGAUUUCUAAAGCCAAUGUGGAUCUUAUACUAGCUACCAAAGCCCUCAGGCUCGUUAUUAACAGCAGAGAUGCAGCAGAGAGAGUGACUUGCUAUGUGCUGAGAAAAAGGAGAUCAAUUCAGUUCAUCACUGAAGACUAACAAGUGUGCUCGCCUCUAAACACUCAGCGUGAGGACUGAAGGAAGAGUUUUACACUGCACUGCGCUCACAGCUUGUAGCCGAUUAACACUCGUUCGAAUAACAAAUCCCACUUAUAUAGCUAUAGCAAAGCCUCAACAGGCAUGGACUUAAUGCAGUUUGCAGUGUGCCAUAAAUGUCUAAUUCAUGAGAAAGAAAGGAAAUGACAGUGUUUUUUAAUCCACAAGAAAACUGGAGAAAUGAGAAGGAGACAGGAGGAGGAGAGAAGAAACAAACACUUCACAUGUCAGAUUUGAUCACACUGGGUUAAACAGCACACUUCAGUUUAGGGGAAACACUGUAACAUUGCGUGUUAUGUUACAGUGUCAAGACCAUGUGGAAGAAAGAAGACUGAUUCAAAACCUCAAAGUGAAGCUAGAGUUAAAUGCUUUACUUAGAAACAAUUCACGAAGUAAAAAUCAUCAGGUAAUAUUAGAUUUCUUAGACAAACACAUUUAUAUGAUAGCAUCUAAUCCUGAAGUGACAUUCUGGACCACACUCCAUACCAGUUGGUGGCGGUAUUGCACCAUUCUGUUGUUUGACAACCGCCAAUAUAAUUUAGAAGAAGAAGAAGCGGAAGAAGAGCAGGAAGAAGAAGAAAAAGAACGAAAAAGUUGGAGGAAAUGUAUUCGUUUCUUGUGGGACGUGAUUCUGGUCAAACCCGGAUUAUCUUCAGUCUCUUUUGUUCCUGCUUCCUAAUGGGCUGAAACUUUGUCACGUUCGCGGGAUGUUGAGUGUUCAGAUUUCUAAUCCUGGGGCGCAGACUAAUCAGUGUCAUGUAUUUGCACAGCAGUGAUAAUUAAAAAGAGAGGACCUCUGAAAACCAGCAAGUAAAGAUCAUGGCUUGUGCAUCUCAGUCAGCCUUGGAUUACGUCAGGAGUGCCAGAGACCACCUGGUGAGAACAUUAAAGGGGUUCACUGAGAUUGUGGAGAACCUGUCCACGAGAGGAUUUUUCUCAGAGGAAGAUGUGAAUAAAAUAAAGUCAGAGAGUGAUGGAUUUGACAAAACCAGAAGAAUUGUUGACUAUGUUAUAGAAAUGGGGGAAGAAGCUUGCUAUGAGUUUCUCAGGAUUAUUGACACAACAAGGAGAACCUCUGGAGAGAGAUCACUGUCGUUUGCAGAAAAUCCAGAGUCAUUGUCCUCUCUGUCCAACAUGUUUGAUCUCAACUACUGGAUCAGCUGCUUUUCCUUCAGGGAGGACACCAACAUGGAUGUACAAGGCCCUAAACCGUGCCACAGAUACCAGCAAAAGUUGAAAUUUAAAGCUCAGAAGAUUUCAGAAAGAUCAUGGGCCCGAAGUAAAGCAGUCCUGUUCAACAAGGAGAACUCCCUGUCCUACACCUCGCUUGUGUUAGACACACCAGGACAGGCUUCAGCAUCCAAAAUAAAAAAGUCAAAGAUCAAGAAAAGCAGGAAGGUUCGACCUAAAAAACUAAAAACGUACAUACCCGAGGACAAACAUGGAACCUCUCCCAGUGAACUGCUGAAAACAUAUGAAAGAAAAAUCAUUUUGGUAGGAAAACCUGGAACUGGGAAAACAGCUGUGGUCCAUCAGAUUUUGAAACUGUGGUCAGAGAAAGAUAACAAGGAUCUAGAUUACUUGUUCUACUUUGAUAUGAGAGAAGCACCCAACAUCACAGAGGUCCAUAAACUGGAGGAUCUUCUCUUCAGUGUGUUCUGUGAACCAGAUAAAGGCAAAGAUGAGGUCUUAGAGGACAUAAAGAAUAAUGCUGACAGUGUUACCAUUAUUUUUGAUGGAGUUACAGAUGUUGGCUCUAGAUCUGUGGUGUUUAAGCUCAUACAGAAGACCUUUCUACCUGAAGCAAAGAUCAUCAUCACCUGCAGACCAGAGGUGGAGUCAGCAGACUUCCUGUUGGAUUGGGACUGUCUCAGAGUGGAAGUGAAAGGCUUCAGUGAGCAGGGCAUCAGAGAGUACUUAUCCAAGAAUCUGAGUGAGGAUCACUUCAACAAAGUCUUGUGUAACUUGGAGUUAUUCUCUCUUUGCCACGUCCCCAUGUACGCCCUGAUGGUGGUCGCCUGCUUUAGCUUUGAGGGCUCAGAUUUCUCUCCACAUCCCUGCACAGUUACUGAAAUAUACCUCAAUAUCCUCCAUUUCUGCAAUCAGAGAAAUGUUUCCAAGACACCUGAAAAUGAAAGCACUAAAUGGGAUGCAAUACUGUCUUUAUCUCAGGCAGCUUUUUGUGCAUCAGAAGGGAAAAAUGUGAGCCUAACAUCACUGCCCAAGCUAGACAGCUGUGCUAAUUUGGCCAUUUUGAGCAAGCUUCUGAUUCAAAUCAGCCCAACUGUAAAGAAACCCUUGUGUGCCUUUCUCCACUACACGGUUCAGGAGUUUUUUGCAGCUCUGUGGGUCUUAAAGGAUCCAGAGAAGACCAGAUGUGUUCUACAGCAGUGUCUGGUUCAGGGCAGCAAACACAUGAAACACUUGGUCCCUUUCCUGUGUGGACUGUUGAAUGAGAAGAACACUGAUUUGUUAGAAGGUCUCCUUCCUCCUCAGCAGCUCAGAGACACGUCUGACUGGUUCUUCAAACACUUGGUGACCACCUUUGUAGGUUGCAGUGACAGUGAAGACUGUGAAAUGGACUUAAUGUUCUUAUGUCAAUGCCUCUAUGAGUCUCAGUCACCUGAUGCCUGCCUCUGUCUCCUGGAUAAACUGGACUACUGUAUUGAUGUGAGUGGAGAGACUCUUGAUCCUCAGCAGUGUUGUGUUCUGGCCUAUGUAAUCAGCCAGAGUCAGGAGAGGAAAAUAGAGCUGAACCUGGAGGAUACAACAGUAUCAAAACAGGGAAUGAGGCCUUUGCUGGGAUGCCUCAGCAAACUUCAAAGGAGUGACUCCAUGUCACGCCAGCUGUGGACCAUUUCUCUUCUGACUGAUGGGGACGUGGAUUACGUGAGUUUACUUGACUUCACUGAGAAUCAGCUGCACCUCCCAGUCAACAGUGAAACACAACUGUAUGACGGAGCUGUGAGAGUCCUGCAGAAGAGGAAGAGGAAGGUGAAAGUCUGCCUUCACUGUGAUCACAGAGUCUGUCAAAGUGCGAGCUCGUUCCUCUUACACCAUUUACCCCACAUCCACUCACUCAGUUUCUGUCAGUCAUCAGGAAAUCUCUCAGAUCAAACUGAGUUGUUGAUGAAUCUCUUCAUUGUAGCAGCAGAUAGACAACAGAGGACAGGAGAGAAGAUCCUCAACAUGCUAUCAUCAGUCUGCUCUUAUCAGACAUUCCCUCUUCAUUCUCAUUACAAUGACAAAUAUCAGAGUGACUUCCUGUUGGAUCUGUGCUCCCAUGUGAAGGACUGUGAGACUAAAACAGGUCUGAGUGUCCUUCCAUCAUUACAGCCAGUUUUCCAGUCAGCUCCUGCAGUCUGGUCCAUAGACCUCUCAGAGAGAAAGACCUCCAUCCUCCUGGAGGUGCUGAAACUCCAACCAGAGAAGAAACAAGUGGAGCUGACAGGCUGCUCACAUGAAGAGAGUGAAGUGAGGAGUUUGCUGCAGUGUCUGCCUUUUAUCUCACAGCUCAGAGUUGAUGCUGAGACAUCAGAUGAAGACCGAACGAGGAUCUUUGUGAGUCUGUUCUGUGCAGCAGCAGAGAGAGAGCAGCAGACAGGAGAGAAGAUCCUGGAGCUGUUAGCAUCAGUGUGCACAUACAAAAACAGUCCUCUUAAAGAGAAAUGGUGUGACUUCCUCCUGGACCUGUACUCUUAUGAGACUAAAACAGGUCUGAGUGUCCUUCCAUCAUUACAGCCAGUUUUCCAGUCAGCUCCUGCAGUCUGGUCCAUAGACCUCUCAGAGAGAAAGACCUCCAUCCUCCUGGAGCUGCUGAAACUCCAACCAGAGAAGAAACAAGUGGAGCUGACAGGCUGCUCACAUGAAGAGAGUGAAGUGAGGAGUUUGCUGCAGUGUCUGCCUUUUAUCUCACAGCUCAGAGUUGAUGCUGAGACAUCAGAUGAAGACCGAACGAGGAUCUUUGUGAGUCUGUUCUGUGCAGCAGCAGAGAGAGAGCAGCAGACAGGAGAGAAGAUCCUGGAGCUGUUAGCAUCAGUGUGCACAUAUCAGACAUUCCCUCUUCAUGAGAGACGCAUGGAUGAAGAUUAUCAGAUUAACUUCCUGUUGGAUCUGUGCUCCCAUGUGAAGGACUGUGAGACUAAAACAGGUCUGACUGUCCUUCCAUCAUUACAGCCAGUUUUCCAGUCAGCUCCUGCAGUCUGGUCCAUAGACCUCUCAGAGAGAAAGACCUCCAUCCUCCUGGAGCUGCUGAAACUCCAACCAGAGAAGAAACAAGUGAAGCUGUUGAUAUGGCGAGGAGAAGAAGAAGAGAGUGAAGUGAGGAGUUUGCUGCAGUGUCUGCCUUUUAUCUCACAGCUCAGUGUUGCAUAUGAUGGGUGUUCAGAUCCUGAUGAAGCAGUGAUGAUCUUUGUGAGUCUGUUCUGUGCAGCAGCAGAGAGAGAGCAGCAGACAGGAGAGAAGAUCCUGGAGCUGUUAGCAUCAGUGUGCACAUAUCAGACAUUCCCUCUUCAUGAGAGACACAUGGAGGAUGAUGAUGAUGAUCUGAAGCAAUAUCAGAUUAACUUCCUGUUGGAUCUGUGCUCCCAUGUGAAGGACUGUGAGACUAAAACAGGUGUGAGUGUGCUUCCAUCAUUACAGCCAGUUUUCCAGUCAGCUCCUGCAGUCUGGUCCAUAGACCUCUCAGAGAGAAAGACCUCCAUCCUCCUGGAGCUGCUGAAACUCCAACCAGAGAAGAAACAAGUGGAGCUGACAGGCUGCUCACAUGAAGAGAGUGAAGUGAGGAGUUUGCUGCAGUGUCUGCCUUUUAUCUCACAGCUCAGCUGUGAUCCAGAGUUCUUCCAGAGUGUGUGCACAUCCAUGUCUGUAAGAUCCAGAGAGGAGGCCCAGCAGCUGGAGUCUCUGCUGCAGCUGCUGGGCUUCCAGCUGCUGCUAACAGGAGCGUUACACAGGAAAAGCUGCUGGUCUGUGGGGAGAGUUCUCAAACUGUGCGGCUCUAAAGUGGAUCUCAUCCUCACACCCAGCAAGAUGUCUGCCAGAGGAGGCGCUCUGCUCUUCAGACACACAACACAACUACACAGUCUGAGGCUUUCCAUCGACAUGUCCUUGCUGCUGUCUCAGUGGGUAAGAAGAGGCAGAGCGGCCCGUCGGCUGGCUGUUGAAGAGCUUUCUCUUGUGCCUAAGAAAGCCCGACCAUCACACAGAGUAUUGUUGAGGGCCGUCAGUAGUUUGGCUUCCCUGCUGAGAUACUGGACAGUCGGAUGGUUAGACCUGACUGAGACCUGCAUCCCUGCUCAGGGUCUCAUUGCACUGCUGCUCCAUCAUGGUCCUCUGACAGUCAAACUGAGUGAAGAGAGCUUCCAGCAGCUUCUGUCUCUCCUCCAUGAAACCCAGGACAAGGACUUGACGUUGUCCUUCUUGAGUAAGGUUGGUGGAGACCUGACCUCCUGCUGCCUGAGCUGGGAGCUGCUUCACUAUCUGCUGCAGCAGCCGUCGGCUCAGACCAUCACUGUGGACCUGAGGAAGAGCCUGUUCUUACAGGAGGAGACCACAGGUCUGCUUCCCUUUCUGGACAGGAUUGUGUUUAAAAGGCCCAGUCCCAGCUUUGUGAUGAGCUCCAUCAGAGAGCUCUACAGAGCUCACGACAGUCACGCUGUUCCCAGUUUGCUGAGGUCACUCGGUCAUGUGAUCAGCCUGAGCUGCAGACAGCUGGACUCAGUGGACUGUGCUGCUCUGAUCUUCAUCCUCAGACACGGAGACGGAGUCAGACUGAACCUGCUGUGGACCUCCAUACCAGCAGGGGGAGUAGAGUCCAUCCUGCUCAUGCUGGACAGCGUUUCUUGUCUCAGUGUUGACAGGAACCAGCUGCUGAGGUUCAUCCACUGCUGUGCUGCCUGUGACGUCCAGCAGGAGGCAGCGUCAGGCCUGCUGAGGACUCUGCAGCACAGCUUGGAUCUGUCCUGCUCCUCCUGUGUGGAACUACCGGAGGAGGAUCAGACUGAGCCUCUGAGUCUGACUGCUGAUGACUGCAGGGCCGUCUCCACCAUCCUGACACAGGGCAGCCGGGACACACAGCUGGACCUGCGAGACUGUGAGGUGGAGGACAGCGUGCUGGACCUGCUGUUUCCUGUCCUCCACAGGGUCCGCCUCAGAGUCAGUAACACUGUCCUCCUCCAGCUGCUGUCUCUGGUUCCUGUGAACAGUGAGAGGGACGCAGUGAGGCGGGCGGUGUCCCUGUGUACAGCCCUGGGUGGAGAGCUGGAUCUCAGUCACAGCACGCUGGAUCAGAGGGUCUGCGGGGCAUUGGUCCAGAUGCUGGACUCGUGUGAAGGGCUGACAGAGCUGGACCUCAGUCACUGUCAGCUCACUGACCAGCUGCUGCUCCCUCUCAUCACACAUCUGCACAAAGUCCAAGUCCUAGAUCUGAGUCACAAUCAGAUCACUGAUGCUUCGACCGAUGUGUUACUGCAGCUGCUCUCCAUCAACCCCUCCAUCCACUGUGUGCGACUCUUCAGCAACAACAUCGUGCACAGAGCAGCCUUCAAGGAGCACACGCAGUUUGAGAUCUGGUGAAGCACUCGCCAUCAUCACCAUCGUCAUUAUCAUCAUGGUCGUCAUCAUCAUCAUCAGAGCAGCCUUCAAGGAGCACACGCAGUUUGAGAUCUGGUGAAGCACUCGCCAUCAUCUUUAACAUCGUCGUCAUGGUCGUCAUCAUCAGGGAGAUGUAGUUUUAUGGUCUCCGUAAAAACUCUCACAAUUGCUUCAUACUAAUCUGUAAUAUACAAGAGCAAUAAUAGGUCAGCGUAGUAAGUGUUAACAACUGCUGUAGAGUAUUUUCUUUUUCAUGUCGUUAUUAAAAUGCUUUGUUUUAUUUAUUUGUGUAGAAACGAGCACGUCUCAUGUUUCUGCGGAUUUUUAUUUUAUGGAGAUCUGAAGCCAUCUAGUGGUCAUUCCAAUAUUUACACAUCAGGUUGUAUUAUUGUGAUUAAAAUGUUUUCAAUUAGUGUAAAAACAAAAUGAGGCUGUAACUGUUUUAUUGUACAGUUGUGAGUCGGCUUAGUUUAUUUUUGGUACUUUUGCAAUAACUGUACUGAUUUUUGUGUACUCGCACACAAAUGUUGAUUCCACGAAAUACAAACAGAUACUGAAACGUGUAACAGCUGAAUUGUUUGUGAGAACUUGUUCAUUAUUUGUUCAAUAAUCAUGUCUUCCCGAUGGAAUGUCAUAUAUCAGUAAUAACAAAAAAGGACCUCACAGCAGAAGCAUAAUGUGUGGGAUUAUAGUAUUAUUUUAUGCCAUGUUAUACCCC